AGCGCUCCAACGGCCUGUCGCUGAUAUUGUACUGAGAGAUCAGACGAGAGUCAUGUCGUACUUCCACGGAUCUGAGCGAACGCCAAGGCUUUUCCUGAUGAUGUGCGUGUUGGGAAUCUUCCCUCUGCCGGCAGAGCAGUUCCCAGUUCGAGAGGGUUUCAAUCUGCUGCUGUACCCGGUAUCGGUGAUAGGGCCGUACGGAUCUCACACGGUUCUGAUACCGGUGACCGGGACUGAGCAGAACGCACAACGCGGCCAAACUCUGCAGGCAAACAACAGCAAGAUCAGUGCUCAAAGCGUGUCCAAGCCUUUACAUGCAGGUAACGGUGCACUUCUCCCGCUGGACCCUGGACGUGGCCCCGCCACAGACUCCGCCCCCAGCCCCGCCCCCAACCCACCCGAGUCUCUGGUCCUGCAGGGCCAGAUGUCGAACUUUGCCCCCUCAAACGUCCCACUGCAGGUCUAUUCAUUUGUCCAGCAGGCUGUAAUUUCAGACUCUGGCAGUUCAGAGGAAGGAGCCGCAGCUCAGGUGAUUUACAUGGUUCCUGUCGGCGUGGAUUCGCCCAACAUGGGUGUGAUGGAGGGUACCGUGCCUAAUCCCGACCCAGGACACCUGCAGGUCCCGGCCAGCACCCCUGCUGCGACCACUGCGGCACGGCCGGACGCUCAGGGACAGCUGGGGAAAACGGCGGGGACCGAAAGAGCUACGCAGACGGGCGCUCUGGGAGAGAAAGGCCUCUGACCGCAAACAUUAAACAGGAACUACACCAGCUGAUCAGAAGACCAAAGGCUUAUUGUGUGCUGAUUUGUCAGACAACUUUGGUUAUAAUUACAGCUUGAAAAAAAUUUAAGCCAUAAAGCUGCUCUUCAGACAAUACUGUGUCAUUAUUCAGCUCUAAUUAUGCAGCGAGCUCAUUUAUUACAUUCGGCUGAUCACAGCUAAAUCUAUACAAUGAUUAUUACCCAGAUGGCACACGUACAUCUGUUAAAGAUUACUUGAUCUGAAAAGCAUCUGCUGUGUACAUGCAAUCUAAAUCAUAAACAUCUUAAAGACGUCUAAUAAAUGUCUUUGACAUCUGAUAGGAAACAUCCUACAAACGUGAGCAGAUGAGCAAACGCUCAAAAAAAAAAAAAUAUGUCUUGCAGAUGUCAAACAGAUGUCUCCAUGAUGUAUGUGUGCUAUCAGGGUCAUUUUCUUUUAAGUCAUUAAAUUCUCUUUACUGUGACUAAUUCAGUGGCGUUCUCAACAAUCAUUGCAUUUUAACAUCCAACUCUCCUAUUGAAGUUUUUUCUUUGCAUAUCAAAAACAAGCAAGGAACACAGAAACACCGAGGUUUUUCACUUAUCUAAGGCAGCAGAGGAGGUGAAAUCUGUCCAUUUACACACGAGAGACGCUACCAGAUAAACGAGACGAAUGAGAGUCGUAUGUCGACUGAAUUGUGCUUAUCGUGUUUCUGUUAUUUGCUUUCGAAUAACACUGGAGUGAGAUUGAACUGCCGAUUGUCGUUUUCAGUAUGGGAGUUACUGUGAGAACUUGGCAUUUCCUGUUGGUGUGUGUGACCUUUGACCUCAGUAUCAUUGCCUUUCAGUAAAUUAUUUUGUUUACAUUAAA